AUGAUGUAUUUGUUAGUGUUGACAGAUUCCUGCUGACCAAUAAGCGCUAUAAUGUCCUGGGUGGAUAAUGCUUCUCUGAAACGUUUGCUUUCGAAGUUUGGUUGAUCGACGGAUACAAGUUAUACAAGUCAUUCACUCUCGAUAUUUCGGUCGGCGUUAACUCGUUUGCGACGUGAACUCGUUACCGCCCACCGAACAGUACACAAAUGGUAUCACUGCUCUAGAGUGAUAUCGGACACAAGCUGCAAGUUAACAAUGGCCGACCACAGACAGUCUCCCGAACUCCUGAAAAGUCCCGCAGUACUGCUGCCGUCCAAAUCAGAAUUGACGAAGAUCUCGGAGGAUCUCCGCCUGAAAUGCACUGAGGAGGAGAUAAAUGCUUUCCACGAACACUUUAAAGGUACUAUGAAGACUUACCAGAGGGUCAAUGAAAUUCCUGAACCGCAACUCCCAGUCAAGUACCCGAGGACACCGGGCCACAGAGAAGCGAAAGACAGUGCGUGGUAUUGGAGAUGUGACAUCAAAGGUGCUGACACUGGGAAGUUGGUUGGUAAAACCGUGGGAGUCAAAGACAAUGUGGCUGUGGCAGGAGUUCCAAUGAUGGAUGGUAACAAACAGUUGGAGGGAUACACCCCGGAAUUCGAUGCGACAAUCGUCACAAGGAUCCUGGAUGCUGGUGGGCGUAUUUUGGGUAAGACGGCAUGUGAGGACCUCAGUUUGUCGGGGAAUUCGUGGACACCUUCUACAGGACCUAUCCCUAACCCCCACUGUUCUACACGGAGUGCCGGGGGGUCUAGUGGCGGCUCCGCCUCACUGGUUGCCCGAGGAGAAAUAGACAUGGCGAUCGGUGGUGACCAGGGCGGGUCUAUCCGAAUUCCGUCGAGCUGGUCUGGAACUGUCGGACACAAGCCAACGUUUGGACUAGUUCCGUAUACAGGGGCAGUCCCUAUAGAGAUGACCGUUGACCACCUGGGGCCCAUCACGCGCACAGUGGCGGAUUGUGCUCUCUUACUGGAGGUGUUGGCUGGGUAUGAUAAUGGAACGGACCCUCGACAACAUCCGUGCAUCGAAGUACCUCCCUACUCCAGCCUGCUUACUCAAGGUGUGGCUGGUAAACGAGUUGGACUCGUGACAGAGGGAUUUGAAGGAAUAGACAAAGGUGUUUGUACUUGUGUCAGGGAGGCAGCACAUUUACUACAGGAGGCGGGGGUCGUGGUGGAGGAGGUGUCCAUCCCACUUCAUGCCGACGGUCUUGACAUAUGGACUCCAGUUUGUUUCGAAGGAGCCUAUAACAUGAUGAUAAAAGGAAAUGGGAAUGGUCAGAAUUGGAAGGGACAUUACUGUUUGUCAAUGCAAGAGGCUCUAGCACGUGGUUACAACCUGCGUCCACAUGACUUCAGUAUGCCGUGUAAAUUGCUGGCGGUUUUCUCAGAGUACAUGGCCAGGAACUAUCAGAACAAAUUCUACGCCAAAGCACAGAAUCUUACCCGUCUACUCACCCAGGCGUAUGACCAUGCGCUGAGGACUUAUGAUGUCCUGAUAAUGCCCACGCUCCCUUCUACAGCAAUGGCUCUGCCUACAACUGAAACAUCUAUAUCGGAAAUUCUCCACCUCACAUUUGCAAUGAUAAAGAACACUGCACCUUUUGACUCAACUGGACAUCCGGCCCUGACAAUAAAUGCGGGACUAUUGGAGGGACUUCCGGUCGGGAUGAUGCUUGUGGGUCGACACUUUGAUGACUUAACAGUCCUGCAAAUGGCACACGCUUUUGAAAAAAUCAGAGAUAAAAGCCUAUCAUUGUAUCUAGAUUUCCUCUGUAUAUAUAUGUAUAUAUGCACGAUAAAAUUCAACUUAUGACUUGGACUGUAUCAUUUAAAGAAACAACAGAGAAACCAACAUAAUAAUGAUACCGUGAUUCUUACUCAAGUUAGAUAAUACCGUCACUCUUGAAAAUGUCCAAAAGAGAAAUUAGUCAGAAAUGGGACGAAAAAACGGUAUUAAAUCCUUUCCCUCUCAAGCUUGCCACCGGGAGCACAUGCACCCGGAUAUCUACGAAAGCCUUUUAGUGUCAAUAAGAUAAAAUAUAGUUAAUUGAUACACGUGAUAACGCGAUAAACACGUAAUUACGGAAAUAAAGCCGCUUAUUUGCGUUAUAAUGCAGAAAAAGGCGUAACAACGCGAACAAAAACGCAGUAACAACGCAAAAAAAAGUAAUAACGCGAAAAAAUCACGAAAUAACGCAAGAAGAACACGCAAUGACGUAAAUUAAUACACGUGAUAACGAAACAAAAACACAAAAUAACGUAAAUUAAUACACAUAAUAUCGCGAAUAAAACACGUAAUAACGGAAAUAGAAACACGUCAAAACGUCAAUUAAAACACGAAAUAAGGCAAAUCAGAACACAUUAUAACGCGGAAAAAACACGUUCUAUCGCAAAUAAAACACGUAAAAACGCAAAUCGAAAGACUAUGAAAGAACAGAGAUUUCUUCAUUAAUGAUAUCUAAAACUCUCCUCAAACCAUUGAUCAACACUGGGCAGAUAAGUGGUUAGUAAAUUUUAAUCCUGCUAAGACAGAGGCAUUACUUGUUUCCAACUUUGAGCUUGACCAUGUAAUUAAAAAUAAAGUUUGAUCAUGUAAAUCUUGACUUUGUAGAGAUGCAUAAGCACCUAGGAGUAAUAUUAGAUGAAAAUUGUAAAUUGAGCUGCCAUAUUGAAAAUAUUUGUAAAAAUGUGUCAAAACAGGUACUAGUAAGUGUUUUACGAAAACUGAAAUUCAAUAAUGUAUGUGUUGAACGGACGAACUUUAGAUAAAAUAUACAGAUCAUACAUUCUUCCUUUACUAGAGUGGUCUAAUCCUGUUUCUCCCAAAACUGAAAAUCAAGGCAAAAUUGUUUUGGGAGAAUCGGGAUUUGUUUACACAGAGGUCUAAUUAUUAAGUAAACAUAGAAGGUCAUUAUCUCUCUCAUUCAUUUAUUGCAAAAUCGAGGUAAAUACAGGUAGAUAGGUGAAAGAACUACAAAAAUGUCAAUUUAAUGUUAUACUUUGAUAUGUGAAAUUAUGAUAUUAAAUUUCAUACAUAAUCAUAUAUAUGUGAAUAUAUGUUUCAAACAUAUUCUACACUUUAAAAAGUUAAAAAUAAUGCAUAUAUAUGUACUUUUUACUGAUGAUAUGAUACUUGUACAAUGGAUAACUAAUAUGCACUAUUAUCUUCAAAAUAGAAUUUAAUAAGCACCACAUAUACAUCCAUACAUACAUUACAAAUGAACGAUAUUUAUAUCAUAAAUAAACCAAUAGUUUACUUUCUUUGUACAGUUGUAUAAUAUUUGUACUGUAUAACAAAAUAUGAAUUUAUACUAAGGAUGACACAUUGUUAACAGAACUGUAUGUAACUACAUAUAUGUAGUAUGUUUUUUUUCACUCCAUUUGUAAUAAAUAUGUUGCUCGGUCGCAAUAGUUGAUGUAGUCGUUGCGUAGAAGGGUUUUCAGUUGGGUCAAACGGUUGUUUAGUUGUCGGUAUCUGCGUCUCUUGGGCAUUUGCAGUCCUCUGGCAGCAAAGCUGAAGUCGGGUGAUGUCGUUUGUAGCCUGGAUUUCUUUGAGUACACGGAUGAAGAUGUAAAUGUUUGGAUGUGCGUGUGGGAUCCUCUUGGUUGCUGGUAGUGGCAAAGACUAGCAUGCGUUGGUUGACUGUGUUGUCAUCAAAAAGGAGGAAUUGGUCACCGUUAUUGGUUCGAGUCCAUUCAUCUUCCAAAAUGAUGUCUGCCAAGGAUGUCGGUAGCUUUGGUAGUAGUUUGCUUCUGGAGUGGUCAAGGGAUGUCUUACAGGCUGCGUAGGUGGGAAUCUGCUCAAGUAGUGGUCUGUCAGCUGCCCAGGCCUGUGUCUGUAAUUUGGAUACUUCUUCGUCGUAGAUGGCGGGUAUGGGUUUGAGUUCCUUCCUACACCUGUCCUUGAUGCUGUUCAUUAUCUUCUUAACUUCCCCCUGGAAAUGGUUGGGUGGGUGGUUGUGUUGACUGAAUUUUACAGGAAUAUCAUUGGUAGUAUUGAUGGUUGCAGGACAGUCUUUAUCACAGCAUCUCCAGUAGGUAGUGUCUCUGUAGUUGUUCUUCACCAUGUACCGGUAUCCAGCCUGGAGUAGAGUCCUAACACCAUGUUUGUUUGCAGUAAACUGGACGUACUUGGUAGUUAGCCAUACUGAGAAUGAUGAAUUUUCUGGUGAUAGACUGUUUUAUAUACUUAUUUUUAAGCUUGGGUGUUCAGUGCAUGGCAUGUAGCUUGGGUGUUCAAUUUUCUUCAUUAGCUUUAAUUAGUUACAUCUCUUCUGAGGUUGAACGAAUAGCUUAAUUGGUACAGACAACAUCUCUCCUGAAGAUGAACAUAGCCUAAUUAGUGACACCUCUCCUGAAGAUGAUAAUUUGUAAUAUGAGGAAUGCAUAUAAAAAAAAAGUCAAUUAAAUCAAAAAUAUUAAAAUAUAAAUAACUUAAAAUAAUUUAUCAUCUUAUUAAAAUGCACGUUUUAUUUUUAAAUUCAAUCCAUCUGUGGAUAUAUGGAUAAAUAUAUUAUCUUUAUUUAUUUGUCGACUGAUACAUUCAGUAAUAGACACCUUGAUUUACCUGUAAAGGUAACAAGAACGUUGAUUUACCUGUACAGGUAGCAGUUAACUUCAUUGUUAAAACUCCUCCUACAUACAAAUGUAAGUUUUUGGGAGAACAAGGAUACAUAUUUUUCAGUUUUGGGAGAAACAGGAUGACACCAUUAGAGUAUGGGACGGAUGUACUCUCGAUGAUGCGGACAAUUUAGAAAAACUCCAGUUAGAGUAUAUUCGUUUAAUUACUGGAUUACCUUCUUAAACAUGUAGGGAAUCAUUAUAUUCUGAGAGUGCACUAGAACCAUUAACAAAUAGAAGGAAAAGAAGAAAAUUACAACUUUUCUACAAAAUUUACGCUAAUCUAAUGCCGGACUAUCUUACAGCUUUAGUUUCGCAAAAUAUACAAUAUAACCUCCGUAAUGCUAACAACUACUGUUAACCUAAUUUAGACUUCAUCUUAUCAACACUUCUGUUUCCCCUCUACUAUUCGGCUUUGGAACAACUUAGAACCUCACAUAAGACAGAGCAUGUCAGUCUCAGUAUUUAAAGACACUCUCCGUAAGCUUAAAGACAUAAAUAAUCCUAUUUAUUAUUUGACUGGUGACAGGAAAACUAAUAGUUUGCAUGCCAGAUUAAGAUGUAGAUAGUGUACUCUAAAUGACGACUUAUUUCAUGCUAAUUUUAUUGAUUUCCAACUUUGUCAAUGUGGACACUAUUGAGCAUAUAGAAAAUGCUUACCAUUUUUCUUUAAUUGUAACAAGUGUGUAGAUCAGAGAGUAUCGCGAGUUAAAUGAGUUCAUCCCACUAGACCUGCAACUAAUAUUACACAGAAGUCCUGGAAACGGAUAUAUCGGAAGGAAUGGAAAGACAACGGUAAAAGCAAAACAUGGCAUGAGAUAUGAUGAACAUAGAACAGCUGAAAGUAUGGAAUAGCACAAUCUUAAGAAAUGUCAGCUGAGUCGAGUAAGAUCACUCACUGUCUAAAAACAAUACUUUAAAUCUUUCUUGUCAAAAAUUUUCUAAUUAUUCUUCAAAAACUGUAAAAUAAAUUGUAAAUGAAGGAGACUUCUACAUUCUCUCCCUACGCUUUCCUCUAAUUAUCACCCCAUUUCUACUCUUCUUAAACUCACAUUUUCAAAAAAUAAAAUCACUUAAUGUAAAUCCUCUUGUCAUUUGUUUGAUACAAUGUCCAAGGACACCCAGAAUAUUUCAAGAUGAUCUGUUUGAUCUAUGAUGAUCAACGAGUUGGUUGGUUGGUUUUUUUUUUUUUUUUAGAAUUAAUUUAGAAGCUGCCGGGUAAGUUACACUCAGAAAACUAACUUAAAAGUGCUUUAGUUGUUGAGGUUUUGAUAUAUCAAAUGUUAUCAACUUUUUCGACUAUGAAUUAAUUAAAACAAACUUGUGUGUUUGUUAUUGAAAAAAAUAGUCACAUGCUGAUGAACAGAAAAUAAAAUGAUAAACAGAUGA